UUGAACUCGAACGGGGCACGGAUAUCGGACCUCAUUCGCAACUGUCUGUGCAGCAAUUAGAAACAUGUGACGUUGAAGUUUGAACAAUUUUCUGAAAAAUAAAUUUGUACACAGUCAGUUUCAACAAAUUACAAGGCGAUGUCAGCCCACGAAAGAGAAAACCCCAAGAAACAAUUGCUUUGCUAUACGCUUGAUGGAUUUAUUUGUCGCGUUUCCCAUGUUGCCUGCCGGCGCGGUAGAACUGGCAAGAAAACCAUUACUUACGGGCAUCACGUGUGGAUCGGUGAAAAAUGAUUUGCUAUUUCCGUGGAGUGUGAACCAAAAGGAAUGAGCCCCCUUCUAAUUUAUUAUUUGAAUUCCAUAGGAGUGAAAAGGUCAAGAAGCAACCAUGCCGGCGAACUGCAAGAAAAAGAAACACCGGAAACACAAAAGUCAAAAUCGCCAGCAUGCAUCAAGCGACACGGAGGAUGAAUCAGGCAAAAGCAACAGCAAACAAGGCCCAUCAGCUUCAGCCUCAGAGGAGAUCAAUAAUAACAAGCCAUAUGCCGUGCGAUAUUCAGAUACUUGGGGUCGAUUUUUAGUGGCAGCCCGAAAUCUCAAAGCUGGUGAACAAAUCAUCAAGGUGGAGCCUUUGGCCAUGGGCCCUUGGGCUGCUAGCGAUCCUGUCUGUCUUGGCUGUUACAAACGUUUCGCGAAGGAUUCCCGAAUUAUAAAAUGUACUGGCUGUGGUUGGCGUAUUUGCUCUCCAACCUGCAGCGGUCUUUCCGCCAAUGAGCCCCACAAAAAACUGGAAUGUAUUCCCCUAAAAGAGCACAACGUGGGUAAUCUUUUCGAAACGGGCUCCGCUGAGCAAAUAAAACUAAUGUACGAAGCUAUUUUUGCCCUACGCUGUCUGCUGCUGAAGAAGAUUGACCCGGAACGAUACGCUAUGCUACUGGAAAUGGAACCCCUAAACGAACUGCGGCAGCAAAUAUCUUCGCUGUGGAAACGCAAUCAAGAAUUGAUAGUGAAUCGGAUUCGUGAUGAGUGGAAGUUCGACGAAUUUACCGAUAGUGAAAUCCACACCGCGUGUGGUAUAAUCGAGGUCAAUUCGUUCCAGAUUGGGCAGGACGAUGUCUUUGCUCGAGCCCUGUAUCCGGAAGCGUUUUACAUCAUGCACGAUUGCACUCCGAACACCACCCACACAGACGAUCCGAAAUCUCGUGUGCUAUCGAUAAGGCUGACCAACGACCUGAAGGCAGGCGAUCCAAUUACACUUUCCUAUUCAUACACCCUGCAAGGAACGCUAAAACGAAGGCAGCAUUUGUUCGAGAGCAAGUUUUUCUGGUGCCAAUGUAAACGAUGCUCUGACCCUACCGAGUUUGGUACGAAUUGCAGCUCCAUUAAAUGCACCAAAUGCCCUAAAGGUUACAUUCUCGCAACCGAUCCACUCAAUCAAGACGCGGAUUGGAAAUGCAAAACUUGCUCUCAUAGCAUGUCAGCCAAAAUCAUUGUUCAGCUUCUGGACAGACUUUUCAAAGAAAUGGAUACCAUUGAUGGGAACAGCGUCGACUUGUACGAACAAUUCAACACCAAAUAUCAGAACACCUUACAUCCCAACCAUUACCUCUUUCUAUCGACAAAGCAUUCACUUUGCCAAUUGUAUGGUAAAAUCUCCGGUUAUCUCAUAUCCGAAAUGAGUCUGCAACAAAUAAAACACAAGGAAAAAAUAUGUCGCGAUCUUCUUUCGGUGGUUGAUACCUACGAGCCGGGAAUGAGUCGUCUGAGGGGAGUCAUCAUGUACGAGUUACAUGCACCAAUCAUGAUCCAGAUAAAAUACCAAUCGGAAUCCGGCCAAAUCAACCCAAAUCAACUGAGAAGGAUGCUCACUGAAGUGAUGCAUCUUCUCAAACAAAGUGCCCAAAUUCUUUCGUUCGAACCUUCAGGAUCUCAAGAACACGAAAUGGCUGUGGCUGCACGUGACGCUCUCUUAAACAUGCAAUCAUAGAAUGGUAUUGAAAAUUAUUUGAUUUUUUCCUACGAAAAUAGCAUGUUCAAAAAAUGUGAUAUAUUUUUGGAAUAAAAUUUAUCUAAAUACUAGUCAAACCAGCAAUGUAUAUUUUCAAAACAACUAAACUC